CACUUCUCACCUCACCUUUCGCCUCCGUUUCAUCUUUUGACAGUUUCAUUCAUUUGUCACAUAUAUAUAUACAGACUCCUCUCCUCUCUAACCAUAUUACUCAUAUUAUUUGCAGAGAGAGCAUCUCUAUCUAUCUAUCCUAUCCCAUAACAAGAACACAUCAAAGAUACAAAGAAUCUCUCUCUCUCUCUCUCUCUCUCUUCUCUCUCAAAUGCGAACAACACCAUCAUGAGAAGACCAAUGAAACACCCACACAAGAAGAAUCACAAUCAAGACUUCUUUGAAGAUUUUCCCGAUGAUAUCGUCGUCUUUAUCCUCACCAAGCUCAGCUCUACUGCCUCUUCUCCUUCCCAUUUCUUUAACACCCUUUUAACAUGCAAGAGACUGAACCGUUUGGGUUUUCAUCCUAUGGUUUUAUCGAAAGCUGGCCCAAAAGUACUCGCCAUUAAGCCCAAAAACUGGUCUGAGAACUCUCACCAUUUUCUUAAACGCUGUGUUAACGUCGGUAACGUCGAUGCUUGUUAUACUCUUGGAAUGAUCCGAUUUUACUGUCUACGAAAUCGAAGAAGUGGAGUAUCUCUAAUAGCCAAGGCGGCGAUGAAGUUACACGCGCCGGCGCUAUACUCACUCGCGGUAAUUCAGUUCAACGGAAGCGGAGGCACUAAACAAGACAAAGAUCUACGUGCUGGAGUAGCACUUUCUGCACGCGCGUCACUUCUCGGCCAUAUCGACGCGCUUCGUGAGUUAGGCCAUUGUCUUCAAGACGGUUACGGCGUCAAACAGAAUGUCACGGAGGGACGACGGUUGUUGGUUCAAGCUAACGUGAGAGAGAUUUUACUAGUCUAUCGCUUUCUUGAGUUAGCGUCACCUUCACGCGCUGGUUCUUGUGAAGGGAUACUGAGUCGCCUGAGUAACAUGGCGGUGCCGUUGAUAAAAGAGAAUAGGUACAACGUGAAGGUGCCGGAGGUGCAUCCGGUGAACUGGUUUUUGAGAGAGUGGUUUGAAUCGGGUUUAGGGAUUCUGGAAGAUGGGUUGAGGCUGUGUGCGCAUAUCGGUUGUGGACGGGCGGAGACGCGGCCGCAUGAGUUCCGGCGGUGUUCGGUUUGCGGCAUAAGUGGUGUGAUUUCUGUAUGUGUACAGCUGGUACAAAUUUUUGUCUUGUUUUCCAGUCUGAAAAAUUACUUGAAACUUUGUUAUUACUUGUUAGAUGCAAGUAAAAUAUCAGGAAAUGUUAAUUCAAAAACUUGUUGGUUAGCUAGCUAGGACUUCAUGCAUCACAAAUUAACUGCUGUUUUAAUCUAUAAAAAAUGUUUUAAAAUACUAGAAGUACGGUCAUAUUUUAUUUUUAAAUUAUUAAUA